CGAAGGUCGCGCUUGUCUCCCUAGCAACAAGCAUUUUCCUAACAACAGCCGUCGCCGCAAUGGACGCGUUAAAGACGGCGAUACAGGAAGCAGCGAGGCUCAAGAGAGAUGAAGGCAUAAUACGCCUGAACAGCUGUUUUCAGUGGAGAGAAUUUGAAGGCGAUGACCAGAGACAGAAAAUACACCAAGAAUUUGUGUAUGAGAAUGUGAUGUACUCAGUACAGCGUGGGCUUCCAUGGGCUGCAGUGGCCCAAAUAGCAAAUCUGAGUAAAGAGCUCCUCCCUGAGCUUAGAGGUUUGGAGAGAUCUGAAGCAGCGUCUUUGAUCCAGACUCGGCUGUCACAGUGUGUUCAUCGACUGUCUCCCUCUCAUCACGCCACCAUGUAUGACUUUAUGGUGCAGACCUACAUCCAUCAUCAGAGCCUAUAUCAAGCUUUUUUAAAGGAAGAGGUGAACCUUAACUGUAUGCACUCCCAUCUUGAGAUUCAAGUUCCACCACAUCCCCUACCACUAUCUGAGGGAACAGAUUUGGGAAUCUGGGAGAAGCAGCAGGCUUUGAAAGAACUAAUGGCAGUCGAGACAGUGAAGCUUGCAGAAAUCCAUAGACUAAAAGAACAAGCCGAGGCACAGAUAUGGGAGAAGGCAGAAGUCAGUCUCAGUGACCUUUCACUGGAGGGCAGACUAGACAAACAGGCACUGGAAAGCAUGGUUCACUCCAUUCUGCAGUCAGAAGUAGACAUGCUAAAGGAGAUUUUAAUAAAGGAAAUCAGAGCUGUGCAAGAGCUGCUGGAAAUAAGACUGAGUCAAACAGCUCUACAAGGAGCAGGACACUCUUCAGAUGCAUCAGGCUUCUCACAAAAAGGCUCUACGUCUGGCUCCACAAAACCGAAAAAGAAAUGAGGGUAACAAGAUGGUUUAAAAAAAAUAUUUUAUACUGGCAAUCAUUCAUUCAUUCAUUUAUUUGUUCAUCUUUGGUGAGUUCAUUAUACUGGUCAGGAUCAUGGUGAAUCCAGAGCCUAUCCUGGAAACAGUGGGCAUGAGGAGGGAAUACACCCUAGACAUUGGGGCAUCAAUCCAUUGUAGGGCACCACACACACACACACUCAUUCACUUAUAGGGGCAAUUAUAGCAUAUUCAGUCAUCCUACAGCAUUUUUUUGGUAGGUGGAGAGGAAACCCACAGUAACGUGAGAGAAAAGAAACAGUAAUUAGAGCUACCCCCUGCACUUGUACUGGGAAUUGAAUAUACUGUAUUAAAUAUCGACAUUAAAUUUCAUUUUAAUUACACAGAAUUGUUUUUGCACUGUACAGUGCUCUAUUUUAAGGGUUUGAAAGUGCUCUAAUAGAAAAUGGGGUCCUCAAAGUUUAUUUGAUGGUUUGGGCUUGUAGUUUUCUACAGAGAUUUUAAAUUGAUUUAUCCUGGGCUGAACAGCUAGAUUGAAGAGGGUACUAAGCAAAAAUACUUAAUAUGGAAUUUGGAUUUAAAAAAAUAAAAGAGAAGAUAACCUGCUUUAUACAAUGCAUUAAAUCAUCCACGUGGAGAAACUAUCCAUAAAAUAUCAAUAAUAUAUUCAUAACACAAUAUGCUUGUCGUGUGGAUAAUGGAGGAAAAAGAACAUUACAGACAUUAAAGUCAUUCAUUGCAAUAAGUAAUAUUACAUUCAAAAAAGAAAAUAUACUUACAAAUAUAG